AUGAUUGCCAUUGAUUUCAAGUUUGAAACAUGGCAGUGGCAAUAUCAGAUUCUGACAACGUUUUUUGUCUUUGGAAUUGUUCCUUCGUUGUACUACUUGUAUGAACGAUAUGUUUCGAAGCAGCCAAACAGAUACAACAAUCUAGAAGCACCCAUGAAAUUACAAGUACCUGUUCCAGAAGAAGCCAAGCCACAUUGGAAGGGCAAAAGAUUAUAUCCUCCAAAUUUGUCCACUCGUGUAGUAUCAGAUCCAACAAAGAUACAAUGUUACUGUCCAGCCACUGGACAAUCAUUAGGAGUACUUCCAGCAACGACUAGAGAUGGAAUGGAUUUGCAAAUAGCCAACGCAACUAAGGCUCAGGUCGAAUGGGCUAAGUCACUGUUCAUCUUGAGAAGAAAGCUCUUGCGUACUUUAAAUGCAUUUAUUGUUGGACAUCAGGCGGAAAUUGCAAGUGUCGCUUGUAGAGACAGUGGGAAAACCAAAGUAGAUGCUCUGAUGGGUGAGAUUAUGGUUACAUUAGAGAAAAUCAAUUGGAUAAUUGCACAUGGUGAAAAGGCGUUGAGACCUUCUCAACGUCCUGGGCCUGCCAAUUUGCUUAUUGGAAUGAUGAAAAAUGGUGAAGUUAGAUAUGAACCUAUGGGAGUGGUUGCUGCAUUAGUAUCUUGGAACUAUCCAUUCCACAAUCUUUUGGGGCCCGUUAUUGCCGCCUUGUUCACGGGAAAUGCAAUUGUCGUUAAAUGUUCCGAGCAAGUCUAUUGGUCAUCUAAGUGGUUUGUAGAAGAACUUAUUCAUACAGCAUUGAAACUGUUGCAAUUGGAUCCAAAUUUGGUUCAAUUAACUUGUUGCUUUCCUGAAGAUGCGGAUCAUUUCACCUCACACCCAGGAUUAUCGCACAUCACCUUCAUUGGUUCGAAGCCAGUUGCCCACAAGGUAGUUCAAGCGGCAGCGAAGGAAUUAACUCCUUGCGUCGUAGAGCUCGGGGGUAAAGACUCUUUCAUUGUAUUAGAUGAUGUAGCUAAGUCUGCAGAUCGUCUUUCAUCUAUUAUUAUGAGAGGAACUUUUCAAAGUGCUGGUCAAAAUUGUAUUGGUAUUGAAAGAGUCAUAUGUUUACCAAAAUCCUAUGAGAAAUUGGUUGACAUCCUUAGUAAAAGAGUAAAGUCCCUUAGAGUUGGUUCUGAUAUUGACCAAUUAGAUGAAAUUGAUAUGGGGGCAAUGAUUUCCGAUAAUAGAUUCCCACAAAUUGAGGCAUUGAUUGGAGAUGCUGUACUGAAGGGAGCAAAGUUAAUAGCUGGAGGGAAAGCAUACCAACAUCCAAACUAUCCACAAGGACAUUACUUUGAACCAACGUUAUUGGUUGAUGUCGAUAGCAGCAUGAAUAUUGCAAAUGAAGAAGUAUUUGGCCCUGUUCUUACCAUGAUGAAGGCUAGUACCGUCGACGAAGCCAUAUCUCUUGCUAAUAGUACUGAAUAUGGUUUAGGAGCUUCAAUUUUUGGUAACGAUUUCAAUCAAUGUAGUGAUAUCGCUAACAAGUUAAAGAGUGGUAAUGUUGCUAUCAACGAUUUUGCCACUUUCUAUGUAGCUCAACUUCCUUUUGGUGGUAUCAAGAAAUCGGGUUAUGGUAAAUUUGGAGGUGAAGAAGGGCUCACGGGGUUGUGUGUGGCUAAGUCUAUUGUUAUGGACAAGCCAUUGUUGCGUCUCAUUGGUUUAGCUACUAGUAUUCCACCCGUAAUUGACUAUCCUAUUCAAGAUGGCAAGAAGGCUUGGGGCUUUGUUAGUGCCUUGAACAGUGCCGGUUACGAAUUCAAAGUAUGGAAUAUUAUCAAGGCAUUCAAAAAGUUAGCUAAAAGUGGUGGUUGA